UGUGAAGAUGAUCUGUCUAAGAGCCGGGAAGGUACAACUGAAAUAGCACCUGAAUAUGGGCCAGAAGACAGAGUAGAUGUUCGAUACCUUCAGUGGUUAAAUGGGAAGCUGAGGUUCCAGUGGCGGAGUUUACAUGCUCAGCACCAAGAGCAGUGCAAACUUUUGCACAAGAUUCAUUUAUUCACUAAUGGCUCUCAUAUGGACCAGAUCCUUGGACAUUUUUCUGUCAUAGAAACAGAUCUCAUUAGACAACCAGAGAACUACAAGCAGCUGUUACAGCUUCUGGAGUCUGAAACCAUGCAACUAGAAGCCUUUCUGGAAUGGAAGCAACUGGAACCAGUUUAUUGGCAGUGGAUGGAAACUGUGUUAGAUAAUAUGGCUGAAGAGGGAAGUACGAGCGAGUCGCAGGAUGCUCAUGAAGAGCAACGUGGGCUGCCAAAGGCGACCUCGAGCUGCCCCUGGGCUGAUGGUCUGACUGCGCAAAUUGACAGAUUAUCCAGAGAUCUAAUGACUCUCCGUGACCGACUGCACAAACUUGUAACUCACCGAAAGGCUGCAUGGUGUGAGAAGGUGAAAACAAGAGAGGAACAACUACAGAAGGAGGGGUUCUCGGCCACUGCUAGAAAGAUACAGGAAAGCGUUGAACUGAAACUGCAAGAUCUUGCAUACCUUUGUGCUCCAAAAAAGAAGAAAAUGCAUGGUUCGUGCCGACUGGUGUUCAGAAGCAAACAUCCUGCCAGCAAGGCGGGCUUCGGGCGGUCUGUAUCCAAGGAGCCUGUUUUGGCUGUCAGCGCUCCAGAGGUGAUCAGAGAGCUGCAGAGGAGAGAGGCCAGCCUGGAGCGAGAGCUGGAGCGGCUGCGGGAGGAGUGCAGGCAGAGGCUGGAUGCAGUUGCAGAAGGGCUGGAUGGAGUGAUUUGUGUCUCCCCUUGA